AUGGCAGACAACGCCAUGAGAGAUCGCGAAGCAAAUGCAAGGGCAGUCCUCAACCGUUACAAUGAAGUGAAAAAUGAAAUCGUCGUUGCUGAGAUGCCAAAAGCUGCUUUAGUAUCACGAAACCGUCAACUUUCAAAUGACUUCAAGGAUUUUAAGAGAGCUCAUAAAAUCCUGAUUCGCUCAAUUCCGCCUGAAGAACUGGAAUCAGCAAUGAUUUAUUUUGAAGAAAUUUCCCAGGCUUAUUUUAUGUCCUCUACAAUAAUAAAUACGGCCUUGGAAAAUAAAUCUACUCCUUCAAUUAUAUCAAACGAUGCCGGUAUAAUUCGAGUGGAAACUGCACGAGCUCCAGAUCCAGGUGAAUUCAAUGGAAAUCCAUCCAACUGGCCAUCUUUUCGUGAUCAGUUUAAAGCUGAAGUGCACGAUCGUCAUCAACUAGAUGAUGUUACUAAACUGCACCUUUUAAAAAAGGCUUGCGUGGGUACAGCUAAGCUCACAGUCGGUUCUUGGCAACCACUAGCUGUGAAUUAUAAAAAGGCAUGGGAGAGUCUUGAGAAUAAAUAUGAAGAUCCGUAUCGAUUGGAACAAGCAUUAGUUUCCGAUUUACUUAAGUUAUCAAGUUUGAGAGAUGAGUCACAUGAGGGUCUGCGGCAAAUAAUUGAUACCACUUCUAAUACACUCCGACAAUUGGAGGCUAUGCACGUACCCGUACAACACUGGGACACAUUCGUUAUUGGUUUGAUUCUGUGUCGAUUGCCCAGAAAUGUGGCGGAUGCGUGGGAACAAAAAAGAAUCGUAGCUAAUAAACCGAACCUGGCUGAUUUAAUGGCAUUCUUAGAAGGAAGAGCACGCGGCCGCAUCUAUAUUGAACAGGGAUCCUCACCAAAUAGAAUCAACCAAUGGACAGCUUCUUCACCUGUCAUAACCAAAAAUCAUACCACAAAAAAUCUCAUGGAUCAAAGUGGGCAGCCGAAGAGUUCAUUUGUUUCUAAAUUCAACGCGCCUUGUUCAAUUUGCUCUGGGUUACAUGCACCGUAUCGAUGUCCCGGUUUUUUGUCAAAGAUAACAUCAGAACGGCUAGCGAAGAUAAAAGAAUUGAGAUUGUGUACUAGUUGCUUGAAAAAACACGAAGGAAUCUGUCCAAUGCCAAGAUGUCCGCUGUGCGGUGGAACUCACAACAGCCUUCUUUGUUUGAAGGGACCCGAUAGGGAAACACGAGUUAAGGGCUCUAAACAAAUAACUGCUAGCUGUAUUAAAAAUCAUAACGAAUUACAAUGCAUCCAAAAACACAAUCCUUUUAAAUGUGAGUCACCGAAUGGAUUGGUCAAUCAGUUGAAUUUUCCAUCAAAAACUGCAAAAUUCAAUUUAACUCCAGCAAUAAAACUAGAAUUGGCCCUGUUACCAACUGCCGCUUUUCAACUUUUUACAAGAAGUGGCGCCUCAGGUUCCGUGAGAGCAUUAUGCGAUACCGGUGCUCAGGUCAACUUGAUCACAAAAAAAUGCGUCCAAAAAAUUGGCUUAUGCGUUCAAGUCAUUCCAACUAACAUCAGUGGUCUUGGAAAAAACUCUCAGUUAAAAACACAUGGAGUUGUGUUCGCUGAUUUAUGGUCACGCGGUUUAAAAAAACUUGGUGUAACCAUUCAAAUGAUUGUGGUUUCGAAAUUAAUGAGUAAAUUGCCAGUCAACGAGUUACCUGCUAAUUCAGCGGUCGAGUUUUUGGCUUCUGACUUGGCCGAUCCUGAGUUCAACUUACCAGGGCGAAUCGAUGUCCUUCUAGGAGCAGGAGCUAUGGCAGAAAUAAUGACCAAAGAUGUGAAACGCUUAAAAAAUGGGCUUAUUGCUCAAGAAACCCAACUUGGUUGGAUAAUAUACGGCAAUUCCACAACUUCCUCUUCACCAUCCGUUUAUACCACAUUAAGUGUUCCAGACACAAAAGGUUUAGAGGCGGCAAUACGGCGACUAUGGGAAAUAGACCAGCUUGACGAGCCAGUUGGCAUGACACCAGAUGAAAAAUGGUGCGAAGAACAUUUUCACAAAACCGUAAAACGAGAUGAAUUUGGCAGAUAUAUUGUCACCAUUCCAAUUAAACCAAAUAAACAAAAUCUUCUUGGUUUGUCGCGUGACAUGGCAAUGAGACGUUUUCAUGCUUUGGAAAGGCAGUUUGCAAAAGAUCCGGUUUUCGCGGAAUGGUAUAUUGAAUACAUGCGGGACCUGCUGAAGGCUGGGUUUAUCCAGGAAGCGGCGUAUCCAAUUGAUGAGACAAAGCCACAUGCUUAUAUUCCACAUCAUGGCGUACGCCCGCCGAAGAAACCAAGGGUUGUUUUUGACGCAUCAGCCGCCACAUCAACCGGGUGGUCAUUCAACGAUAUUCAACUACCAGGUCCAAGACUCCAAGGCGACUUGUAUGAUAUUAUAAUUCGGUUCCGCAUCGGCAAAAUUGCUAUGUCUGCUGAUGUAAAAAAAAUGUUCCCUCAGGUCAAAAUUGCAGAGCAUCAAUGGGACAUGCAGAGAAUUUUUUGGAGAGAAAACAUCAAUGAUCCCUUACGUGAAUAUCAACUACCCAGAGUAACGUUUGGGAUGACUUCGUCAACAUAUAAUGCAGUAAAGAGUAUGCAACGGUGUGUUGAUGACUAUCGCGAAGAACUUCCAUUGGCUCACGAAGCAGUCUACAAUUCUUUUUACGUGGAUGAUUUUUUAAAAAGUGUUCACACAACCGAGAAAGCGAUUGCAACAAGAGAGCAGCUGGAAACAUCUUUGGGUAGAGGCUGUUUCCCGUUGACAAAAUGGGCGUCGAACGAACCAGCAAUGUUGCUUGAAAACGAACGUAUUCAGUUCAAAAGUUUGGAAGAAGAGUCAUCAACAAGCGUUCUUGGACUGCUCUGGAAUCCAGAAAAUGACACACUCGGGUUUAAGAUUCGCCAUUUCAAUGAAUCGGAAACCAUAACCAAACGAAUCAUUGCGAGUGAGGGUGCAAGAAUUUACGACCCAAACGGUUACUUGGCUCCAGUCACUAUGCGUGCAAAGUUGUUCAUUCAGAAGUUAUGGACAGUAGGUGCGAAUUGGGACGAAAAGGUCAAUGACGACAUAUCUGAAGCUUGGAAAGUGUAUCGCGCAAGCAUAUCAACAUUAACCGAAGUCAAAAUUCCACGUUGGGUUGGAAUUUCACCAGACAAUGAACUCCAGCUACACACAUUCUGCGAUGCAUCUAAUAUCGCCUAUGGAGCGGUCGUAUAUGUGCGAGUCAAACAACCCGAUGGUACCAUCGUUGUCAAUGUUCUGACAUCAAAGAACAAAUUGGCACCCAAACAGACCAAGACUAUUCCUCGUUUGGAAUUAUGUGCAGCAGCAAUGGGAGCGGUUCUAACAAAAAAGGUAGCCAAAAUUCUUCAAGUACAAAAUGAAAAUUUGCACUAUUGGUCUGAUUCAGAGAUUGUGUUGUACUGGCUUCGAAAAUUUCCCGGCGAUACAAAGGUUUUCGUUGGGAAUCGAAUAUCGCUGAUCCAAGAACAUAGUGACGUGGAAAGGUGGAAACAUGUACCGUCAAAAGAAAACCCAGGCGAUCUUAUUUCACGGGGCGUAAUAUCGACCGAUCUGAUCAACUGCAGCCUAUGGUGGCAUGGACCAGGUUUUUUGAUGAAAUCGCAAGACAAUUGGCCACAAUCGAAGCUUCUCAACUUACCACUUAAGGAAAAAAUUGAAGCAGAUGGCGAGCUCCGAAAAAACAAGGUGUUUAGCGCUCCAAUCAUGGUGUUGACUCUUACUAGUCAAAGUGGGCAGGGAUGUUUAGAGAUACAGGAUUUGUUAGAUUAUCAUUCUUCAAUGAACAAAGUGCUUCGUAUUACAGCUUACGUUCAGCGAUUCGUCCGACUCUUCUGCAAGAAAUGGUUAAAGGUUAACAAAAUUGAAUUAGCUGAAGUUCUUCAUGUACGCAAAAAACGAACUCGCGAUGAGCAGGAAAACCAAAAUCCUGCAAAACGAAGAAAAACAUUACCGAAAUCGCAGAGUGAAUUAGUUAAAGAACAGAGUGAAAUAAAAAAGCUUGUUGAAAAGGUGCCAGUGGUUACUCCUGAGGAGUAUUCGGGUGCGUUAGCCUUUUGGAUCAAACAUACCCAGAAAAAAGAGUAUCCGUUAGAACAUCACAGACUGCUCAAGGCAAAACCUCUACCAAACGACAGUGAUUUGCUCUCAUUGACGCCCUUUAUGGAUACUGAUGGCAUAAUUCGACUUGGUGGUCGAAUAUCUCGUGCCGAGCUUACCUUUCACCAAAAGCAUCCAAUUUUACUCCCUGCAAAGUGUAUUCUCAGUCAUAGGCUAAUGCAACAGGCACAUGCUGAGACACAACACGGCGGCCUGCAGCUAUGCAUGCAAUACCUGCGCGACAAGUAUUGGGUUACCAAUUUAAGAACAUCUAUGCGUAAACUUAUACACAAAUGCGUUGUAUGUACACGUUAUCGUCAAAAAGUCUCAAACCAGCUAAUGGCAGAUCUACCAGCCGCUCGGGUGCAGAUAUCACGACCGUUUACACAUUGCGGGGUUGAUUUUGCCGGUCCUUAUCGAAUUCGCGCAUACACUGGGCGAGGUGUACCAGUGUCUUCAAAUGCAUACCUUUGUCUGUUCAUAGACUUCCCCACGAAGGCUGUCCAUUUGGAGCUGGUAAGCGACCUGAGUUCUAAGGCAUUUUUGGCAGCCUUGGACCGCCUCGUGGCAAGAAGAGGAAUGGUCUCACAUAUCUACAGUGACAAUGGCACAAAUUUUGUUGGCGCGAACUCUGAAUUAAAACGAAUUGAAGAACAGUUGCGCAAAAAUGAUUUACAAGAUGAGGUUGCCAAACGUCGAAUUACGUGGCAUUUUAACACGCCCUUAGCUCCACACCAUGGUGGGCUCUGGGAAGCAAGUGUCAAGAGGGCCAAAUACCAUCUAAAUAGGGAAAUCGGUUCCCGAAGUUUCACGUUCGAAGAGCUGUACACUGCUUUCGUUCGAAUCGAACUUUGCCUGAAUUCCCGGCCGCUGUGUGCAUUAAAGGACGAUCCUAAUGAUCUUACAGCCCUAACACCAGGACACUUCCUAACUGGAGGUCAGCUCAUCCGUCCGCUGGGUCCAGAUGUAAAGGAAAUAGCAUCACAUCGGCUGGAUAGCUGGGACAAGAUCCAUCAAUUCGAACAGAGUAUCUGGAGCAGGUGGUCUCAAGACUACUUAAGUGAGCUGCAACUGCGGACGAAGUGGAAGCUGCCUAACAGAAACUUGCAAGUCGGAGACUUGGUUUUCUUGAAAGAAGAAAAUCAGCCACCAGGAGUCUGGAAACGAGCCCGCAUUAUAAAGGUGUAUGCGGAUAAAGAUGGACUAGUGCGAAGUGCCCGAAUUCGUGCAGGUGGUCGCAUGUAUGAUCGUCCGGUGAAUAAGUUAUGUCUUAUUCCUAUAGAAGACAGCCUGCAACCCCACAACGAAAUGUGUGCGAAUGGGAAGUGCACAGAAGGGUGUACGUUGUCAAGUGACGAAGGCCAUAAGGUCUCUAAGCUACUUCAUCCGUAG